AUGGGAUAUCAAAAAAAACUAUCAUUUGAACGAACGGUUCCGCAGAAACGACGUGACAAUUUGGUGAGUUCUGACUACACCGACGUCCAAUCAUUUAUACCGUCGUACGAUACGCGAUGUGAAAAGCCCAAUGUGUUUUACUUGAUGUCCAUGGAGUAUCAACGAAUUUGGGAACAGGAGAAAAACGAAUACUUUAAAUCCACUAUUAUCAUUGGCACGGUAGCGUUGAAACCCUGGUUAAGGGGCCAUGCUAGAAAACACCAACAUAAUAUCCCACGAUUAACAGUACCAUACUGUGUACAGGAAAAAAGAAAUACGAAGUACGACCAUAUUAAAGCUAAGUACCAUGAAAUAAAUCACUAUCGACUAGGUCCAUGCGUCGAUCGUAAACAACAGACUACGGUGCCAAAAUGCCUUUGA